AAAGUAAAAUAGAGACCCUAUCCUUUUAAAGAAAUAGAAAAUGGCAGUGGUCCGGAAGCCAUGGAUCGGAGCUUCAUGAUCCGCACUUUAUGCUUCCCUUAUUUUUACUACACUUCAACGACACGUUAUUCUUUCUACGGUUUCUUCACGACUUCUACCUUCAUCCAUUUUUCCUCAUAUUUCUCUAAUCCUUUUUUCAACUAACCUCAUUUCUCAUCCUCUAUAUAUACCAGUCAAAAAGAAAGAAGCUUCAAAGUAAAUGCUUGUAUUUUGUUCUUCGAAUCACUGCCAGGUUGAUAUAUCUUCUUACUUCAUCAAUUUGAGCUAUUCUUUAGAGUAAUUAUUGGAUUUAGAUGAGAAGAACUGCAAUGUGCUUCUCACUGUCACAGUUUCCUCGAUGUAAAGUUCAUACAUUGACUAAUUCAUGGUGGCAAAGUUUCCAUCAUAUAAGUAGGAUUGGAAGGGAAAGCAUCAGCUCCAAAGUUCUUGCCGCUGGUAAACAUGGACUGGAAGGUAGAUUUAAUAGUACUGAGAAUAGACGGACUCUAACUACAAGAAGUGAAGGGAAAAAUAAGGCCGCCUUAAGUAAAAGAACAACUAUCAGACAUGAAAUAUUGGAUGAAACAACAAAAUCUGAAGUAGACAUAUAUAGUUCAGAAAUUACUGAAAUAGGAAGUACACAAUAUGUUGAUAUUCGACAAACAAUUGCUGAAAACAAAGACUUGGCCAAACUCAUGACUUUUAUCAUUUUUGAUAUUGAGACCACUGGGUUUAGCAGAGAUCGUGAAAGAAUUAUCGAGAUUGCAUUGCGGGAUCUUCAUGGGGGUGAAAACAGCACAUUCCAGACAUUAGUCAAUCCUGGAUGUAUUGUUCCAAAUUCACAUGUCCAUGGAAUUACCACCGGUAUGGUCCACAGACCUGAUGUCCCCAGGAUGGGGGACCUCAUUCCGAUCUUGUUGAGGUAUGUAGGAAGCCGCCAGAAACCUGAUGGAUAUGUGGUGUUGGUUGCACAUAAUGCUCGCGGUUUUGACGUUCCUUUUCUAAUUAAGGAAUUCAGUAGAUGCUCUUUUGAUAUUCCCUCAAAUUGGUUGUUCGUUGAUACUCUUCCUUUGGCACGUGAAGUCAUGAAGUCCGGAGGGUCAAAGCCAAAACUCAAAUUGCAAGAGCUUGGUCAACACUAUGGGAUCCCUUUAGUUGGUUCUGCUCAUAGAGCCAUGGCGGAUGUGCACAUGUUAUCAGCAGUUUUUCAACGGCUGACUUUCGACCUGAAGUUGACAAUCCCUUCUCUUAUCGAAGGGCAUUCCUUUUGGCCAUCAGAAUUAGGAAGGUCAAAGAAGAAGAAGAAUCCUGGCUAAACAUGCUUAGAUUGUUCAAAUAGUCAGGUGCAACAUUCUUUUUAGGGAAGUUAUUAGUGUAAACAAGUUAUAGAAUUAGCUAAUUCUUCCAUUAAAAUGGCUGGUCAUAACAUAAUCAAGUGGUGUUUAUGAGCCUUGGCAUUGAUCUUUGCCAUUCUUGUAUUUUAACUUCUCUUUCCUUACUCAAGAAUUUGAAAAUUCCUGUUUCAUUCUGAA